AUGAUUACGAUUCCCCUCAACUUCACAUGGGACUGGAAGCUGAAUAUCAUCGAACAUGCUCAUGCCAAAAAUGUAACCAAUCCGAGCACGGGAACACUCCCACCAAGCCAGAUUCGUGGUCAUAUGUUUCAUGGCCCCCCAGGCCAACCUGAGGUCUAUGUUUACGGUGGGACAACAUUCAUGGGGAACCAAUCAUUCGAGGCAUAUGCUUGGCCCGACUCAUCAGCAUAUCCCUUGUGGUCAUACACAUACCAAGAAAGCUAUCCUUGGGGGCAGUACGCAAAAGAUACCGAGUGGAUGCCAAACCAUGGAGCGGGUGCCGAGGCAAUAGACCAAGGUCUCGCGUUUUACCUGAACGGACAGAUUGAUUGGGGUACUUCAUCAACAACCUUGGACAGUUUUCCAAAGACGGAAGCUAUCUAUGUGCCUCUACAGGGCAUGGUCAUCAUCGACCUCAACACCCAAUCGGGAAAGAAUAUAUCCACUACCAAAUUACGGGAUGGUACUCCGCGUGUGGGUGGUACUAUGGAAUACCUUCCUUCAGUUGGAAGCAGGGGUGUGCUCAUAGCCCUGGGCGGCCAGAUACAGCCCAGCCUUGCAAGCCCAUUUGCCAAUGUCAGUGCUGGCUCGCUGAUUGAUUUCGGAACUGUCGAUGUAUUUGAUAUCAACUCUUACCUCCAAAAUCCCGACAGUAACGGCACGUGGUAUUCGCAGAAAACAAACGGAGAGAUCCCCGCGCCUCGAAUAGACUUCUGUACAGUUGCCAUAUCUUCAGCCGAUAAUUCAAGCCACCAUAUCUACCUCUACGGCGGCGUAGACCCCAUUACGAAUACGGCCUAUGACGAUGUCCUUAUUCUCACGUUACCCUCGUUUACCUGGACUAAUGUUUGGCCGCUUGGUGAGGCACCAAGAUGGGGCCACAACUGUCACGUUGCUGGAAGGCGCCAGAUGAUCACAGUAGGCGGAAACAAAACCAACGGACUGACAUGUGAUUGGGAAAUCAAAGGCGUUGCUGUCUGGGAAAUGAGCACUUUGACAUGGGGUAGUGUUUUUAUGAUCAACCUAUCCAAUUUCGAAGUACCACAGAAACUGCUCAGUGUGACGGGUGGGAAUGCCCACGGCAAUGCGACGAAAAAGGACCCUGCUCUAGGCUGGACGGAUGAACGUCUUAAAACAGUUUUCGCAACACCACGCAAGUACACAUUGUCUGGAAACACUACGACUACAGGAAAUUCCCAAGGCAAAAGCCAUACGGGGGCCAUUGCUGGUGGCGUCGUUGGUGGCGUUGCAGGGCUCAGUCUUAUCGCUGUUGCAGCAUUGUUUCUGCACCGCCGACACCGUAAACGCCACGGUCCUCACGAACUUGAGAAUUCCCCAAUUGGAGCUUCACCAGAGGGAGAGAAGCACAAGUAUGAACUCCAAGUCGUCAACGAAAACAGCCCUGCUGAGCUGUUCGGCGAUGAGCUGAAGGAGCUUGAAACACCAAGACAAGCGGUUGAAGCGGACCAUCUCCCGUCGACCAGAAGAGCCGAGUUGCCCGGCACAAACACGGCGCCUGGCGGUUUGCACGGCGUUCCGAUAAUCAGAACACCGGGGGACGAAUUACCGGAGCGACCAGAAUAUGUGGCCGGGUUGAGAAGACCCAGUCAAGAAAGCACAAGCGCAGCAGGAGUACAGAACGAAGAAGGGGGACAGUCUGAGACUGUUCAGCCUCAUAGUGGAGGACAAAUUCAUGUUGAGAAUCAAGAGAGUAGUGAUGAUAAGGCUGCGAGGUGA